AUGGCUGAUGCGCCGGAAGGCGAGGGCUGGGCCAGCAUUGCAGAGGCUCCCAAGGAUCUGCCAGAUGCCGAUUCCAUGAUGCACACUGGGGGUUGCGAGAGCACUGCUGGGGACUCCACAAAGAGGCCGAUGGUGGGUCGUCCGAGCCAGGACUCUGCACAGGAUACACAUGCAGCAGCGGGCUCGUCAGGUGUCACAAUUGCCAGCACAUCACCCAGUCCCCACAUGGUCAGUGAUCAUGGCAUGAGCACCUCGUACGUUGUGCCUGUGCAGAUGACUGGGUUUCCUGCGAAUGCUGAAGGUGCUGAGGCAUCAAGUUCAGCAGCACCCACAGCUCUCAGCUGUGAGGGAACAAUGACUGAAGGCACUGCAGGGGCGAGUGGGCAACAGAAACCUGCAGGUUUGCCAGGGAAUAGGGGUGGGGAAGUGAAACAAAGGACAGACAGUGGGCACGAGACAGCCAGGGGCAAGCUGGAAACGAACAUGGUAGCUGAUGCUGGGCAGGUACACUCACAUGCUCAAGAGCCUGGAAGGCAUGGCUGGGGGCGCACAUCUCCGUUUGAGGUGGAAGCUGCCCAGCUAUCUGCCUCCCCAGGGGACAGCGAAAGGAUUGGUGCUGAUGCCACAGCUGAUCACAGCAGGUUGGCAGGUUUUGAGGGCCGAACUUCAUCAGUGGAUAUUGCUUGCCCACAAACUGGCAAGGGCGAUGUUGUGGCAACAAGUGCUGCGGGUGCUGGGGAGGGAGUGUUGGAAAGGGAAACGGCAUCUGCACUUGAGCCCCGUAUUAGUGCCGUGUCACGUGCAUCCUCAAUCUCAGACAUCAACGCAGUGGACCUCGUGGCACUCGCUGACGAGGUGAGACGUCUUGAGCAGGAGUUGAGAGCAGUGCAAGAGAACUAUGCACAGUGCAGCGAUCAACUUCAGGAAGCCGAAAGCCAAGUGGAGGACCUGCAGGCAGAGCUGAGGGCUGUGACAGAGGCGUAUGCAUCACUGCGAGUGGAGGCUGAGACCAGCAAGGAGGAAGUCCAGGAAAUGAAGCUGGAGCUGGAAGCACUUGGUGGGAGCGAAGGGGCAAAGGCAAAGCUGGGGGAGCUCAGGAAAAAGAUAGAGAGAGAAGUAAGGGAGCACCUGAAGGGCCGGCUUGCAAGGGCAGAGGCUGCCAUAGAGGCGGAACGGGCACAGGUCUUGGCGCUCGAGCGUCGUCUGCAGGAGGAGCAUCAGGGGACAUCGGAGCAAGGGGAGGUUCUCGAGCGACUGCACACUAUCGAAGGUGAGCUUGCUGAAGCGUGUUCUGCAAAGGCUGCUAUGUCGGUGGAGCUCAGGAAGCAGAAUGAGAGGUGCUGCCUCCUUGAGGAUGCUGUGCAGAGGAGAGAGGAGCAGCUCCAGAUGCAAGGCGAGCGUGAACAGGAAUAUACUGCACUGCAGCGGGAUCUCAAGGAACUCCGCGAGAGCCACAACAGGCUGCUCAUGGCUGCCAGGACAGCUGACGACCGGGCUGCGAUGUCGGAGGCGGUCACUGCAGACACAAAGGUACAGAUCGAGGCUGCCUCUCAGACCAUCACCAAGCUCGUGCAGGAGAACGCUGCCUUGAGUGACAAGAUCAACAAGCAGGGGCGAUUGAUAGUGGAGCUGAGGGAGAUGCAGAGCAGGCUUGUCUCCGGGGUGGCUGAUCACAGCCGAACGCCAUCCAUGGACGACCCCCUGCCCCUCAACGAGGCGUCCUUGGAGGGGGCAGCUGCUGCAAAGGGUGCAGGGGUGCCGCCAGGGGGCCAUGGGAGCCACCUGUCGCCUGCCAGCACCUCUGCCAGCCUGCCUGAUCCACCAUCCAUAGAUGGCGCAGGGGCCAGUGGCUCGGUGGGUGAACAGGAGGUAGAGUCUGUUGUAGCGGCUGCACAAGAGCAGAAGAGGGCCCCUGUGGUUUUGAAGUCGAGGGCGCUCACACCAGUCGCGCCCAUGCGGGCAUCGUCUGGGAGGCGGUGGAGUUGGGACUUUGGUGUGUGGAAGUACAUAUCGGGUGGGGAUCUCGUGCAGCAAUAG